GAUCGACUCACGACCCUCAUCGUGCCUGCUUGGAUUCGAAAACUACCCGCAUUAGUCAACAAAUUGCAGAACGAGCUCUCUAUGAAGCCAUGGUCACUCAGCUGGGAAAUAUGGGAAGAUGCGCAUGACCCGCAGGUCAACCCGGAAAUUCUCUGGGAGGCGAAAGUUCGUGUGUCCGAAGAACUCUGCGCCGAGGAGCAAGCUUUCCUCGACAAGCGCCGUCGGCAUACGGCCAAAGCGCUAGCCCGAUAUCUGAAUAUCCCAGAAUCAGAGAUUGAUCCCCGCGAUGUUCCCACCAUCGCCAUGUGCGGUUCCGGAGGUGGCCUGCGUGCUCUGGUAGCUGGAACUUCUUCAUAUCUCUCUGCACACGAAGCUGGCCUAUUCGACUGCGUCACAUAUACUGCUGGCGUCAGUGGCAGCUGUUGGCUUCAAACGUUGUACUACUCCUCCAUCGGCCAGACGAGCCAUCAGAAGUUGAUCGACCAUCUCAAGCAACGGAUAGGAGUCCAUAUUGCGUACCCACCGGCAGCCUUGGAGUUGCUCAACCACGCCCCAACAAACAAAUUCCUCCUCGGCGGCUUCGUGGAGAAGAUUCGUGGCGUUCCAGACGCAGAUCUAGGACUUGUCGAUGUGUAUGGACUGCUACUUGCUGCUAGACUCAUGGUUCCCAAAGGAGAACUGCGGGUUAGCGACUACGACAUGAAGGUCUCCAAUCAAAAGUACUUCGUGGAAGAAGGCGAUCAGCCAAUGCCGAUAUACACUGCAGUUCGUCAUGAGAUUCCAGAUGCACCGGACGAUCUCAGCGAAGCAAAGGCUGGUCGCUUCAGCACGAAGCACAACGACUACUUCCAAUGGUUCGAGUGGACGCCAUACGAAUUCUUCUGCGACGAGUUGAAUGCGGGGAUCUCAACGUGGGCUGUUGGCCGCAAGUUUGACUCCGGUAAGACCGUAUGGCGCGAGAACGGUCUUGCCCUUCCCGAGCUCCGAGUCCCAAUGAUGCUUGGAAUAUGGGGCAGCGCAUUCUGUGCCACGCUCGCCCACUACUACAGAGAAAUCAGCCCGCUCAUCAAGGCUAGUGGUCUUGCAAAGGUCGACGAAAUGAUGACCGGCAAGGACGAAGAUUUGGCGAAGGUCCAUCCGAUUGACCCGGCAGUUAUCCCAAAUUUCCUGCUUGGACUUAAGGAGAAGCUUCCGACUUCUGCACCUGCAAGCAUUCACAAAUCAUCUCAUCUGCAGCUCAUGGAUGCUGGAAUGUCCAAUAACUUGCCCAUCUACCCAUUGCUGCGAUCAGGCCGCGAAGUCGAUGUCAUCAUUGCCUUCGAUGCGUCGGCAGAUGUGAAGACAGACAACUGGAUCAAAGUGGUUGACGGAUAUGUUCGACAGCGUGGCAUAGCCGGCUGGCCGAUGGGUGCCGGGUGGCCUUCUGGUGAUGAGUCGUCGCGGGAGAUCAAGGAAGACAUGGAGCUCGCAGAAGCUGCUUCGUUGACGCACUCCUCGGCGACUUUGGAUGCUGCGAGAAAGAUGGGGACCGACAAAGUAGAGGAUCUGGGGCAUUGCACGGUCUGGGUCGGGACAACACAGGAACGGCAGGAGUACAUGGAUGAUCCUCCCACGCGGCGACUCAAGCAUGACUGUUCAGACGACUGGCAUAUCCGUCGCGACGAUGCCGGAAUAGCCCUGAUCUACUUUCCGUUCACCAAGAACGAGAAGGUUCCGGGUGUCGAUCCGAUGAAAAGCGAAUUCAUGAGUACAUGGAACUUUGUCUACACGCCUGAGGAGAUCGACUCAGUCGUACAAUUGGCAAGGGCCAACUUUGAUGCCGGUCAAGAGCAGACGAAGCGUACCAUCAAGGCCGUAUGGGAGAGGAAGAAGGCGGCAAGGGUGGAGAAGGAAAAGAGA